AUGAUCCGUAAACCUCUCAUCGCCCUGUGGGCUGUAGCAACGCUGGUCGUUGGGAAAACACCCUCAGGGUUCACACCGGCUUCCGAUACCGAUUUGAUCGUCGUCUACGGCCAAACUCCAGCCAUGAAUGGCGUCGCCGUCGAUAAAGCAGCCACGGCUAGCGCACCAAUCAUUGCUACAACAUCGCGCCUUACCGGCACCUCGUACACCGUCGUCAUGGUCGACCUCGACAUACCCUCGGAGCAAAACCCACAUACUUUCUUGCACUGGAUGCAGACUGGCCUCACUCCGGCUACAACAGCCACGACAAUUCUAGCCUCCAAUGGAAGUACUCAAGCAUUUACUCUAUCCAAUGCCAAGAACACAAGUGCUCUGGUCGCCUAUACUCAGCCCGCACCUCCAGCUGAGAACCCACUUAGCCAUAGGUAUACCCAGAUCCUGAUCGACACCAGCACUAUGAGCUCAGACGGUCUGUCCGCGCUACAGUUUGCAGCAGAGACGCGCGUGGGGUUCGAUACCGACUCUGCGCUAGAGGCUGCCGGGUUGAGCAGCAAUGUCGUUGCGGGCAACUCAUUCAACGUGACGAACCCUGGCCAGGCCGUCGCGUCCCUCAAGCUGGGAAACUCAACAUCAAGUCAAAUCGGGAGUGAAGCAAGCAAUGACCAGACGAAUGAUCAAAGGAUCAAGUCCAAUAAUGGGACUCGGGGAUUUGGAACUGCGGACGUCGGCGGUGGUUCCAAUGCAGGAGGCACGCUCACAUCCACAAUCUCCUCAGCACCGGCCGGGGCUACAGCAAACGUCGCAAAUGCUGGGACAGAUGGGAGUAGUACCUCGGCUGCCCUAGAAUUCUCACGUAGAGAUUCUUCCUUGCUGAUGAGUACAUGCAUUAUUGCUGUCUUUGUUCUGAGCCUUUAG